CAGGCGAUAGGUGAACAAAGAAACAGCAAUGAAGGGAAGACAGGUUUUGGCUGUUUGCUUGAUGGUGGCGGCCGUCGCCUCGGCCAGUGACCCAGCCUCCGCGGGCUCCGCUCCGGCCUCGACCAGCCGCCAGGCCCGCGGACUUAUCAUCGGCAAGAAGAAGCUCCUUGCUGCGGCGCCUCUCUUCAUCAAGGGAGGCGCCAUCAAAGCCAAAGGUGUCAAGUUUGUCGGCGGGGCGGGCGCAGCUGGAGUGGCUGGUGUGGUGAAGUAUCCCAGUUAUAUCGCUCCCGUCUCCCAUCAGCAACAAGUGGUGGUACAGCAGCCAGUUCUAACCCAGCCACGGCCUGUGUAUCAGCCGGCCUACGCCCCUGCGAAGCAGGUUGUCGUAGCCCAGCCGGCUUACGCCCCUGCGAAGCAGGUCGUCGUAGCCCAGCCUGCUUACGCUCCUGCGAAGCAGGUUGUCGUGGCCCAGCAGCCUCAGCGGGUUGUCCUCCAACAGCCGGCUUAUCCGCAGUCGAGUUACGUCGUGCAGUCGGGUUACGCCCCUCAGCAGGCGAGUUACGUCCCCGCGAAGCCAAUUUACGGCCAGCCGCAGGUGGCGUACGGACAGGCAGCCCCGGCGUACGGGCAGGCAGCCCCGGUAUACGGGCAGGCAGCCCCGGUGUACGGACAGGCAGCCCCGGUGUACGGGCAUCCCCCAGCCCCGGCGUACGGGCAGUCCGUAGCCCCGGCGUACGGCCAAACCGUGUACGGAUAGACGAAGACGGUCACAUACGGAAAGCCCGUAGCCCUGUAUACGGAUAGAUGAAAUUUUGAGAUGGCGGUAACGCAUUAUGAGUACAUGGGAGAUAGAAGAAGCGACUGGCUUCAGUUGUGAAGACUGCAACCGAAAAGCUCGGCUGACGAAGGCACCAGGAGAGCGACGAAGGCAUUAAAAGCAGUCAUCAUUCAUUGAAGAAUGCAACAAAUGGAGCCGCUAAUCGCAAGUGGUGACGGCAUCAAACGCACGGUCUUUGUUCAGUGGGAAGGAGCGAAAUGUAGCCUUCUCACCAAAUGUUGUACACAGCAAUGUGCUGUAAUGCAAUGUGCAGUGUAAGAUUUUCUAAGAUUCUUGUAAAUGCCAGUAGUAGGUACUAUGGUGGCGUUUUCGACUCCUGGGAUGCAUUUGUCCAAUGUUUACAUUGUCCUCAAUUGCAAAGCCUAAGGGCGCUAUAUGAAUGGUUGUGAUGUGGGGUUCUUGUUUUGUAAUGUCACAAAAUACAUUUGAAAAAAUGGCGACUUUGUAAGCCG